GAAAAACCUAUAGAAGAACACAGCUUGCUUCCCGCCCAACUCAAAUUUGAAAACCUCUUGUGGUUCGUCUCCGACUCUGCGACUCACAGCAGGGAUUCUCACAAGUUGACAAUCAAAGGGAAAUGGGGGACGUAUAUAAAGAAUUAGAUGAUGUCAAAGCACAGAUCGAGAGGCUCAAGACUGAAGUCCGGGUUAAGACCGAACUUUCUGAGGCUUUGAAGAAAGCUCACAGUGAGCAGUUGAUCAAGUAUCAAGAAGCUAAGCAGGAGACUGAGAAACAAGCUCAAGAACUAAUUGUCAAGCUUGAGGAAAUUUCUCAAGCAAAGCAGGUUUCGGAAACCCUUCAAUCUUGUUUGCGUGAAAAAGAAUCGUCUCUUAGGCAUUUGACUUCUUUGCAUGAAAAACUUCGAGUUGAUAGUGAGAACAAAUUGCACAAAUUGGAAGGAGAAAAUAAGGAGUUGGCAUUUGCCUUAGAUGAAGUAACAGAAAGAAACAAAGAGUUGGAGCAGAAUUUUUGUGCCAGUACUAAGGAGAUUGAGGGCCUCAAAAGACUCUUAUCAACUUCAGAGAGGAACUGUUUCGAGGCAGAGCAGAAGUCUCAAGAAGCCAAAGAACUGAGACAGAGAGAUGAUAUCAUAUUGGAACUAGAGGAGGAAAAUAGAAAUGCUCAUGAUCAAUUGAAAUGGAAGAAAGAACAGUUUAGACAUCUUGAAGAAGCACAUAGAAGGCUCCAAGAUCAGUUCCAGUUGAGUAAAGAGGAGUGGGAGAGGGAAAAAUCAGCACUGGUUGAAGAGAUCUCUUUAUUGCAGACAAGCUUGGAUUCCCAAACUAGAAUUCUUGAAGGUGUUCAAAAACGUUUAGAGAUGUGCAACCAAGUUUUAGCUCAUGAAGAAAGCAGGAGGAAGUUUUUGGAGAUUGAAGUAUCCGAAUUCAAAUCACGUUAUGAUGUCUUUGUGCAGUGUGAACAAGAAAGGUCAAAAUUUGAAAGCUUGACAGUUCAAAGGGAUGAAGAGAUUGCAAAGCUAAGAAACUCGAUGUCAACAAAAGAACCAUUCACAAAAGAAAUGGAAUUUCGAAUUGUUCACCUUGAGCAAGAGAAUCAGGAAUUGAGAGAAUCUCUAAAAGAACUACAAGAAGCUCAAAUCAGAAAUUAUGGGUCAACUGCCCUAACAAAGCUACGCAACAAGCUUAGGGGCUUAGAGCAGGUACAUAGUAACUGCUCCACAAUUCUGAAAGCUAAAGAAUCUGAAUUGAGUUUCCAAAUAGAAAAGUUGAAAGGAGAUAUAAGUAGACAUAACUCUGAAUUGAAAGGUAAAGAGAAGCAGAUACAGGAGCUUCAAAUGGAGCUAGAAAGCUACCAUUCGAUGAUUGAGGUUCUAAAAGAAGAGAUUUCAGUAGUACUUACGAUCUAUAAAUCAGAAUUCUCAGAGGCUUACUCCAAAAGAUCUGAUGCAAAAACUGAAAUGCAGCUGUGCAACAGAAUGGAUGACAAGAUCUCUCUACUUACAACACAGUUGGAGAUGAAGAGCAGUGAUUUAAGAAAUGUUCAUCUUCAGCUUGAACAAGAACAUGAGAAAGUCAAAGAAUUAAUGAAGAGGGUAAGGUCCUUGGAACUCACUGAACAACAGCAGGUUAUCAUGGAGGAAGAGAUUCAACAACAUAAAAUGAUGCUUGAGGAAUCAUCUGCACAUCAACUUUACAUGGAAGAGAAAUUUCUGCAGAUGGAAGGUGAGAAACGAGAUGUUUCUGAGGCUUUAGAAAAGACAAAUCUUGAGCUGGCUAAGAAAAUUCGUGAAGUAAGUCAAUUAAAAUAUGAGUUACAGAAUUUGGAGUCUAGUGCUGAAAGCUUGAAAGUGUGCUGUGAAGAAAAUCAAGAAAAAUGUAGACAAAUGGAGAAUUCACUUCUUGCACAAUCUGAGAAUGAAGAAGUCCUUAAGCAUGAGAAAGAAAGCCUUAUCACCAUUAUCAAGGAGCAAAACAAUAAAGUUGAAGUUCUACAGCAGCAGAUUGUCCUUCUAGAAGCUACAGUUGCAGCAAAGAGAGUGGAAGUGGAAGCCUUAACACAAGACAAAGAGGACCUUAUUAAAAAUGUGAAGGAGAAAGAUAGCUGCAUAGUAAAUCUCCAAAAAGAUAUCACAUGGAUGGAGCAAGAGUCCAUGAAAAGAGAAGCGGAGGUAGCAAUUCUUGCAGGCAUAGAUACAGAGAAAUCUGUUGGACAAGAGAAAGAGAGGCUUUUCAAGGUUAUAAAUGAGAAAGACCAGAACAUAAACAUAAAAAAUCUCCAAGUAUUGGCAUCGUCAUUAGAGGAAGACUUGACAAGUGCAUUUGUAUUGUCUUUUUCAGAAGUCGUAGAAAAUCUGCUUACAAUUGAAGCUUUAAAGAAAGCCAAACACAUGACAGAGCUAGUGAUUGAAGAGAAGAACAAAAAAAUUGUUGAUUUGGAGGAGGAAGUAUCUGGUUUGGGCCAAAGAUUGAUCCAUCAGAAGGAAGCCUUGUUUACUCAAAAACAACAAGAAGAGGAACUUCAGGCUUUAUUGGAAGCCAACAAAGUGGAAAAUGAUAAACUGAUGGGUGAACACAGGAGACUGGAAGGCAUAGUCAAGCAGCUUGAGUUUGAAAAAGGGGUUCUCCUUCAAUACACCACAAAGCUAUCAAAAGAAAGGGAAGAACUUUUAGUUCACAUGGAAGAAUUCUGUGAUCAUAUUGGUGAGUUCACUUGUGAUGAUGUGAAGAUGAUGAAUUUUUUAGAAACAAUGUUGCAAAGGUCUAAGGUAGAGGUGGGACCAGCAAUGAAUUUGACAGUGGAUGAUGAGCUCUAUGAUUUUAGUGAAGAGAAUGCAAACGCUUCUUUCUCUGCCUCAGCAAAAAAACUUGACACUAGUGCUGGAAGAUCACCACUGAAAGAGUUGAAUCAGCGGCAGUUGUAAUCAAGAGAAGAAAUGCAGUUUUAACUGGAGCACAAGUGGCCAGAAUAGCAGGAAGUUUAAGUUCUGUUACUCGAAAUUUGGAAAAAAGGCUCGAGACCUCUUUGAGCUUGAACCUGUUGGCAAGGAAGGGCAGACAAAUAUUUUGUAAUAUUCUGCUGUAUGUUGUAUGAGUUACCACAAAGCGUUGCAAUAGGCCAGCCCCUCUUUUGUUUUUGGGAAUAUAGGAGCCUAGUCGUUGUUAAUUGUGCGGUUGUAUGAGUCCAUUUAUAUUCUCAGAGCUGUGUCUGUGUAAAGAACUUAUGAGCUUUGCUAUGGUGCCAACUUUAUCCUUUUCCUUCCGGCAUGCGAGAAUCAAUAAUGUACCUGAAAUUAAAUUCUUCAA